UUGAGCAUAAGUCAUGGAGUUACCAGUUUCUGUGUGGUUAUUUUUUUCGUUGAUGAAUGUCAAUAGCGGGUUUUUGAUACCCGAUAGAUUACAUAAGGUAACAACUACUAAAUACGGAGAUAUUAUUGGGUUUAUUGAUCAAAUAAGAUUUGAUGGAAGAACUCAUCAAAUUAGGAAAUAUCUUGGAAUUCCAUACGCCGAACCUCCAUUAGGAAACCUUCGCUUUGAAAAGCCGGUAAUGAAGAAGAAACUAAGCGUCCCAUUUCAAGCUCAAAAGUAUGCCCUCGUUUGCCCUCAGACGCGAUUAAAGAUUGAGACUAUGUCCGAGGAUUGCCUUUACCUGAACGUGUUUGUACCUGAAACUCCAAGCAUAAACAGCGGCCCAAAACCUGUCAUGGUUUUCAUUCAUGGUGGAGGAUUCGUUGGAGGAUAUAGUAAUGUUCAGGCCGGUGACGUCAUCAGCGCUGUUGGGGACGUUAUAAUUGUGACGAUGAAUUAUAGGCUUGGCGUUUUGGGUUUUUUGAGUACUCAUGAUUCUACAAUAAAAGGAAACUAUGGUUUAUGGGACCAACAUUUAGCAAUUCGCUGGGUGAACGAUAAUAUUGCUGAUUUUGGGGGUGAUAUAAAUAAUAUUACUAUUUUCGGUGAAUCUGCUGGCUCGAGUAGCGUUAUAUACCAAACCUUAUACCCUGGCAAUAAACACCUAUUCAAAAGAGCAAUUGCGGAAAGUGGAUCUGUUGCCGCAUGGGCGGUUUCUCAUGGUAACACAAAUCAUGACUCUUCUGUAGAAUUUGCUCAAUCCCUUGGGUGCAACGAUUUAGCGAACAUACUGUUGUGCUUACAAAGCAAGUCACAGACUGAUGUGAUAAAUGCAACACUGGAGAUGGAAAGCCGUAUAUUUAAUGAAGUGAACAGAAGUUGGGUUCCAGUCUUUGAUGAUGAGUUUGUUCUUGCAAAGACGCCGGCUAUAUUAUCUGAACUAAGUAAUCCCAAGACUCAAUCCAAGUACUCGAUCUUCCGAGAUAUAGAUCUUAUGAUAGGUGUAAACAAUUAUGAUGGGGUAGUUUACCAGACUUUGUUGUCAUUUUAUCUUAACGUUACAUCAGAUCCUUUAAAACUCUCUCAACAACAAUUUAACGAUAUAGUUGUCCCCAGAGCGGUUGAGGCAUGGCUCGGUGAAAUGCCCACGCAAGAUGCAUUAGAUUUAACCAUAUACGAGUACACAACUUGGGAUGAUCUUUUGAAUGUAAAACGUCGCAUUAAGAAUGUAGUUGACAUUGUCACCGACUAUGCCCUGAAUGCCCCUACAAUUUCAACAGCAAGGUCUCACAUAAACGAUAAUUCCUCAACGUACGUGUAUCAAUUUUCAGCAUCCCCUCCGAAACGUCUUUUACCAGUCUUGCCUUUUAUGGAUGGCAAAAAUGUAGCUAGCCAUGCGGAUGAACUUCCAUACGUUUUCGGUUUCACAGAAAAUCUCCGCAGCUACUGGAACAUGCCUGAAAGUAUGAUUGAACCCAAUGAUUACAAGUUAUCAAGAGAAAUGAUAACAAUGUGGACAAACUUUGCGAAGUCGGGAAAUCCUAAUAGCCCUGUACCGCUUAAUGGGAGUUCAUGGCCAGCUUAUGACAAUUCUGGUGAGAUGUAUCUUGAAAUAAAAUCCGACCAGUCUUAUAUACAGCAACGUCUAAGAGCUGAACAGGUCGUGUUCUGGAACAGCUUGCUGCCUGAUAUCCAGAGUUUGUCAAAGAAACAAACAUUAGACUGUAUGCCAUGAAACCUUAUACUUUAUUUUGUAUAUUGUAUGAAUAUUAAUUAUUUAAGUUGAUUGGUCUAGAAUUGAAGGUUUGUGAUACAGUGAAAAUACGUUGAUAGUAUAAAGUAUCAGAACUAUAAACAAACCACGGACAAAUUAUAUAUGGAUGUUUUCGGCAAGAGUGAGAUACAUGAUCCGAUAUAUAACAUACAUUUACGUAUAUAGCAGAUAACAAAUUGUUCUAGAACAAAAUAUAGUUUUCGGCAUAAACAAAAUUUAUACUAAACCACUUAUAACAUUAUCAACAUUUUUGUUUCAAGUAACAUUUUAUUAGAAUAUCCAAAUGAAAUACUUUCUAUGGUUUGUCAACAUUUGAAAUUGUUACAGAAAUUGUGCCCAUUGUAGACCAUUCCACUUAAAUUCAAAUAGAUGUACUUAACAUGUAUAUAGCUGGUUAAAUUACUUUUUGGUUGAUUACAAUGUACCAUAAAAUAUUGAAAUUUUAAAUUAAGAAAUAGUAUCAUAUAGAUUUUAGAUCAAUAACAAUAUAAAAGUAAACUAAGUUAACUUUACCAUGUGUCCUGCUAUAUUCUAUUAAGAGGGAAAGAUUCUGAGAGAAAAAAAUACAUGUUUGAUUGUAGUUUGAUAUAUGUCUCGAGACGUUAAUGAGUGUGAAAAGAAAUGAAAUGUAAUGCAUACUCAAUUGU